CCCCCGCGUGUCUAACGCAUUGACUUCUUUCUUCCGUUCCGCGUGUUCUCAAUCAGUACGGCCAUUGUAAGAAAAUGACUAACCAGCUUUGCAAACUGUUUGUUGGCGGCCUGAACGUCCAAACAACCGACGAAGGCUUGCGGGCACAUUUUGAACAAUAUGGACAGCUGACCGACUGCGUGGUGGUGAUGAACCAGCCGCUGCAGCGCUCCCGGUGCUUCGGCUUUGUAACGUACUCGAGCGUUGAGGAAGCGGACGCCGCCAUGGCAGCUAGGCCUCAUGUCGUUGACGGCAACAACGUGGAUCUGAAGCGGGCGGUGGCCCGGGAAGACGCCGGUAGACCGGAGGCACUAGCCAAGGUCAAGAAAAUAUUUGUAGGGGGACUGAAAGACGACAUCGAGGACGAACACCUCCAAGAGUAUUUCUCCCAGUUCGGUGUCAUCGAGAAAGCUCAGGCCAUCACCGACAAAGACACCGGGAAAAAGCGAGGUUUCGGUUUUGUUUACUUCGAAGACAACGACUCUGCCGAUAAAGCCGUCGUCAUGAAGUUCCACAUGAUCAGUGGACACAAGGUGGAGGUGAAGAAGGCUCUCACCAAACAAGAGAUGCAAACUGCCGGCGGUCGCGGCGGCAGGGGAGGCCGAGGAAUGGGCCGGGGAAGCGGUUAUGGCGGCGGAAGAGGCGGUUACUAUAGCGACUACAGCUAUCAGAACGGCGGCUACGGUAACGAUGCUGGCAACUACGAAAGCCAAAGUAGCUACGGAGGAGGCUAUAGCGACCAGACGGGCGGUGGAUACGGCAACGGGAAUGGCUACAGCGACUUCGGCGAGGGUUAUGGACAGCAGUCUUCAGGUUACGGCGCUAUGAAAGCAGGCUACUAUUCCGGCAGGAGCAGUGGGCCUUAUCCACGCGGAGGAGGCGGCGGUGGUGGUGGUGGAUAUGGAAGAGGUGGCUAUGGUGGAUAUUAGAAGCACUAAUGUGACUCUUUAAGCUGUACUUCGCUUUUUUUACGCAUACUAUUUGGACACUGGACUUUCAAAACGAAUUAUUUGGUAUUGGGUUUAAAUGAGAAUUGUUCUGUGCUAUUACCAGUACAAGCAGACACGCGUUGCGUGUUUCUUUGUUUAGGUUGAAGUAGUCACGUUUACGCAAGUCAAGCCUGGUAAACACCAUGUAGGCUUCUGUAUGUUCUGUUUUAGGUUUAUUGCCUGUACAUCGUUUGAGAUGAAACUCAGGGGUAAUGAAAUUUAAGCAGCUCAUUGUUUCACUUCAUGACCUUCUUUGUUUUUAAAUGUAACUUAAUUUCUGUUUUAAUGGUCGUACACCGUUCCUAUUAUAAAACUGUAUUAAGUAUGUUUAA